AUCGGAAAGCCCGUUCCCGAACACCUCACCUGUCGCGAGAAACCCAGUCUUCCUUUACCAUCUCAGUUUCCGGUAACAUUACCCACGCCCGUCGCACUGCAGACCGCAAAGGAGGGAGACGAACAAGAAUGGCGACCUACGCAACCUACUGGCAUCCCGCUGCCUCCACCAUGGUACACGGAGGCUCGACCACGUAUACAGCCGCUGCACCUACGCAUCCCGUGUUCCAACUUCAACUAUACGCCACAGCAUCGGCAGUACCUGCAGCAGCAUCAGAAGACGCCGACAGCGCUAUGCCUGAUGUCGAACGCGAGUCCGUACCCACGGGCUUGAGCGUCGCGCCGCCGCCAAACGAGCAGGACGAGUCGCUGUUCUUCCGCCUGCCAGCGGAGUUGAGGAACCAGGUUUAUGUCGAGCUGUUAUGUCCCGAUGCUGUCAAGCUCAAGGACCUAGCUCGACGUAAUCGCGAUAAGAACCUCGGUGUGCGCCACUCCAAUCUCCACCCUGCCAUCCUAUCUACAUGCCGGAAGAUCCACCAAGAGGCGCAAAGACUGCUCUACACACACGUCUUCCACGCCCAUCCGUCGCUGCUCACCAGCCUGCCGCACCUCACCAGCAAACCGGUCCUGUACCCCAGCGUAACAAGCCUCAUAUCUCGCUGGCACAUCUCCCUCCGCCUUGACACGGAUCCGCGCUUCACUUUCUCGCAGGCAACAGCCGCCUUCUCCAGCGCAGAGUACCUCGAGAUCCACGUCUGGCAGGCGCAGUUCGAAGCAUGCGAUUACUCCAUGUUGAAGCUCUUCACAGGCGUUCGCGGGGUGAAGGUCGCGAGGGUGGCCGGCAGUGUGGACUUCGAGUUGGCGCGGUGGUUGGAGCACAAUAUGAUGCAGCCAAAGGAGGAGGAGGAUGUGGAGAUGCAGGGAGACAUCUGUCGGUGCGAUGAUGAUGCCUGUCCGGGGUUUGAAGGCAAGACGGAGGUCGUGUGCGGGCGGUGUUACAGGAAGGGGCGCGUGGAGUGGAUAGAGAAGGAGUGGGAUUUGUGGCGGUUUGGGGCCCGGUAGACCUAGAAUUAGAGUCUGAAUCUGACGACUGCGAUAGACUAGAGAGUAGAUUUGGGUAUCUUUUAGACGGAUCGGUGUUUGGUGUUGGAUGGCUUUGUUUCUUCUCCCAUGCCGCGGACGGCCGCGCGGUGCGGCUUUGUGGGACACAGAAGAGCUAUAGCAUAGACGCGCGAAUAUCAGUACCUAAUUGUCGAAUAAUAACCUCGG